UAUAUAUAUUUACCAUAGACUGAUGUGUAUAUGAAUAAUUAAGAUUAUGUUGACACAAAUGUUACCUCACACAAUAUCAUUCACAAUAUAACCAUAUUUACAACCUUUAAAUACAAGAUCAGGUUCUGUUGUGAAUCUAACAUAACAGAUUUGACGUAACAAAUUCAGGUAGCAUCCAAUCAGGUGAUUUCAUCGAACAACAGAAGUCGAACCGAAUGUGCUUCCAAGCUGAAACCCUAAUAUACCACAGUCGGUCGCUGAUAUAAUUUUAAUUAUUUCACCUUUGCUUUUCCUUUUGUCUCCAUAAAGGUCGGCAUCUGUAUCUCUUUUCCAAUCAAUUGUUUUCUCAGACAUGGCCUGCAUACGCAGUAUAUAUGUCCCACGGAGGGCUUCAAACCCCUUUAUAAACCCUGCCUUGGUCACCUAGAAAGGGACAGCUCUUGCAAAGAAACAGAGAAGCUUUGGGUUGCUCAUAGUGAACAGUCAAAACGAAGAACAGAACCGACUCAUUUGACACCAUCACCUUGUAACUAUGUGGAAAGCUGUGGUGUUAGCUGUGUGUCUGCUGGCGGCGGGGGUUGAGCCUAUGGAGGAUCCAGCAUAUGGAGUCAAGCUCUGUGGCCGAGAGUUCAUCCGGGCAGUAAUCUUUACAUGCGGGGGUUCACGAUGGAAACGAUCCCUCAGUAGCACAGAUGUCUCAGAGGAUCCAUUCACCCCCCAUCAGGAUGAGUCCUCAGAAGGCUUCAGCCCUAACUCACUGGAGAAUCUCCUUCAAAGGAAAAGAGACCUGAGAAUGACGUUUGGAGAGAACCAGGACGCAGUGUUCAGCCGACCAGCACGUUCCUUCAUCACAGAAGAAAUCCUGGAAGCUCUGCGAAAGGCUGAUCGCAAGGGUCGUGAUGUGGUGGUGGGUCUGUCCAAUGCCUGCUGCAAGUGGGGCUGCAGCAAGAGUGAGAUCAGCUCCCUUUGUUGAGAGUUUACCAUUUCAAUCUAAAUAAAAACAUCACAGAGCAUAACUAUGAUUACAUAAUAACACUUGCUGUUCUUUUAUACUGUAUGUUCUGACAUGUUUAUUAUUUCUUACUCAGUCUCUUUUAUCUCAACUUAUGACAUAUUUUGUCAUUAAAAUUAUAGAAAAAAAUACACCCCAAAAUAUCAUACACAUUCUAUUCCUUUUAUUUUUGUAUUUAAAGUUUUCACAAUUUCCCCAGAAUUCUAGGGAAUAAAAUGCUUUGUAAAUAU